AUAUCCGCCAUUUUGCUGUGGUUUUAGUACGGCAGCGACAGUCAACGAACCGGGACGAGGUCUUUCCUACAUUUUACAACUUUUUAAAAUAUUUUUAAACCCGAAACUGGUAAUAAACACCGUACACUUUGUUGACAUAAUAUAUUUGCUGUUAUAUUGUAGUGUUUAAAUAUGAUAAAUAUCAGCACCACGAUUGCGAAACAACCAGCCGCCUCACAACAAAUAGCUAGCGUUAGCUAACGUUUACUGAACGCUAACGAGAAGGUCGCGAGGAAUUGGUGGUUUAGGUAGGCCUCUGCUUGUAGCAUAAGCUAAAACAACCCUAAACUUCCCUAGCACAAUAUCGCAAGUGGUAGCCAAGCUAACAAAAAGAAACAGCCGAAGCCACGCUAUUGAACUAUCUAAUUUUUUGCCGAUCUCUAUAACGUAACAAUCAUAGAUAUUUUGUUUUUAUCUCUACGAUUAUAGUAGUGUCUUUCCAUCACUGCCGGGAAUUGGUCGUAGUUUGUUCCAGCUAGCUCUGGGCUACUUUUUAAUAUUCAACAGUAAGUAUCUGAUUGUUUUCUUGUCUGUCUUGGUUUUUAAGCUUUGACUACACAUCUUGAACCAACACUGAAGGUGACCUGUGACGUAUGUUAUUUGCCGACUGGUUAGCUGUCUCAGUGGUUUCUGUCCGUAAUUUAACUUAAGAUCUCACACUUCUGUGGCUCCAGGAAAAGUGUUUCUUUUACUUGCAAUGCAAGUUAGAAACUUUCUGAAUCCUUAUUGUUAUUCUGUUAAUGUGUCUUCAGUGUAAGUGUUCUGUUGCUUCUGUAGACCAUAUUUUCCCGUUCCUUAAAAUGGAAGCCAGUGUUGUUCUUAAGGCUGAUCAUCAGUGUCAAAGGAGGGCCUCCAUGUCUUGGGGAAGUAAACAACCCAGGCCUGGACUCCUUAAAAUUGCACAAUUAAUUCUUCUUUAUUCUGGAUUAGAUACUUGAAAUAUGUAAACAUGGGUAGAUAAUGUAGUGCAGUAACAGUGAGUCUGUCCACUGACAUGGACUCCUGUUAUAACGAAAUUCCACUUUGCUUUGGAGUCUUUAUUGAGGGCAUAUCUGUCUCAAUGUACCCUGUGUGGAAAUGUCCAUCUGUCUCCUCUGUAUUUGUGCACAACUGUCUCUCUGUUAAUAACACCCUUUUCAGUUCCCUGGGGAGUGUUUUUGAUUGAUUUUGUAGGUUUUAAACCAUCCUCUUGGCCCUUUGUGGGAAUCCCUGGAUAAGGAUAGCUUGCCCCCCCCUCAUGAGCAUACAUUGCCAGAAGAUUUUUUUUUCCCCGCUUCAGCAUUGGCUGAAAAUCUCAACAGGCUUGAAAAUCCUGGCAAAUUUUUUUCUACUGCCACCACCCAAAUCUCACCAAGUGUGCAAAAUGUCCAAGUCCAAGAAGAAGCUGAGGAUUUUUUUCACCUACCAUCCAUCCCUUUUUUUUGCCACAUCAAUCAAAGCAAUUUUGGAUCUAUUUUUCUUUCCUGGCUGUUCAUGUUCCCCUAUUUCUUUCAUUCAUUUAUUAAUAAAAAAUAAUAAAAAAAUCCCCAAAGGACUCUAUUGAAUCCACCACCAGUAAUGUUUAGCAGUCUGGCGGAGAUAAAGAUGUCUCAGAAAAGAGAUGUCAUAGGAAGACGAGUGUCUCUGGGCGACCCACCCCCCUUUACCUCUUAACUCAUGGAUCAAGUGUUCCUUCAGGACUCCAUACCACCCCGGAGACACCCUACCAGCAGUGCACUCAAGAGGGAGACAACUUCUCAGCCCCCUCAGAGAACCAGCUGCUGGGUUUGAAGGUCGUAACCUCACCACCUCUGCCACUCCAGAGGCAUACCAGCAUUACUAUGACCAACAAUGGAGAUGACUGCUACUUCUUUUACUAUUCCACCUGCACUAAAGGAGACAGCUGCCCAUUCAGACACUGUGAAGCAGCUAUGGGCAGUGAGACUGUCUGCAACCUCUGGCAGGAGGGACGCUGCUUCCGUGCUAUCUGCAAGUUUCGCCACAUGGAGAUCACAAAAAAACGAAAGGAGAUACCUUGUUAUUGGGAGAACCAGCUGGCCGGCUGCCAGAAGCCACACUGUGCCUUCUUCCAUGAAAGGCCCCGCUGCAUUGACGGCGUCUUUGUCCCACCUGAUAAAAGUCAAAGCAAGAAUGAAGAACAGCCACAUGAGGAACCAGCCCCCCCGCCACCUGCCCCUCUCCCCACUGCAGCCAAUCCUCAGCUCAGGAGCGUCAUCAAGACAGAAACUCAGGAGCCAGUACCCAGCCCCACCCACCCACCUGUGGUGAUCAAUCCAGCAGAUGAUGAUGAGGAUGAAGAUGAUCAGUUCUCAGAGGAGGGAGAUGUUGGCCCAUCUCCGAGAAAACCCAAAUCAGAUGACUCACUGAACUUUGGAGUAAGCACCCUGGAGGAGAUCCGGCUGAGGAAGGCGCUAAAGGCCAGCAUGAAGAGAGCUGGUUACCCCAUCCACAGUCCUGAUACCUCGACCAAUGGAGAGAAAGAAAACAUCCAGUCAUUAUUUCGACCACCCCUCUACGAAGCGAGAGAUGGUCCACUAGUGUUUGAAGAAACUGCAAGACCAAGAGGCAGUUUGGCUGAAAGACUUGGAAGGAAGAUACCCGCCACUGAUGUGAUAAGUGGAGAAGGUUUUCCACUGAGGAGGGGUCUGGCUGGGCGUCUGGGCAGAGUUGUGGGUGAGGACGAUCCAUUAAUGCCCCCUCAGAAAGCCUUGAAGCCUAUUAAAGAUAGACUUGGAUUGCCUAGGUCUUUUACACCCACUCCAUCAGCUGAGACCAACAUGGAGUCAAAGAAAGCUCCGGAGCAGAUACGCAUCAAAACUCUGGAGGAGAUCAGACAGGAGAAGGCAGCAAAGUCUCAGCAUCAGAGCCAGAAAGAUGUUCCCACAGUCGUAGCUCCUGAAACAAACAACAAAACCCAAAUCACAAAGGCUGUCAAGCGAGCCAUCACCAUCAAAGAGGUCUCCAUUGAUCACGUUAAGACGUUCUCAGAGAUCCUUCAUGCCAAGAAAAAAAGGCAGGAGGAGCAGGAACAAAAGCCCAGUGCUAAGAAGGCCAAGCACACUGUGGAGAAAGCUCCGGGCAAGGGAGAGUCUGACACAGCAGGUCCAGAUCCUGAGGCUUCAAACAUAGGGGAGGUUAAAGUAAAGACUCUGGAGGAGAUUCGCAGAGAGAAGGCAGCAAAGAUUCAGGCCCAGCAGGCCCUGAAGGCUGAAAACAAGAAGAGUUCUGAUAAUGAGGAGAACAGUGUUAAGAAGCCUCGCUUACUGCGCAUCAAGAAACCUGCUUCCCAAAGCAACGUCACAGACGGAGGUAAGCCACAGAGGAGCACAGAGACGGAGAAGCCACUGAAAACUACUGAGACCAGUGCUGCCACCAGUAAUAAUGUCAAGGUCAAGACCUUUGAGGAGAUCAUGCGGGAGAAACGCCUUCGCAAACAGGAAAUGGAGGAGCAGGCCAUGGGCUCAGCUGAAGAAGAGCCUUCUGAGAAACAGACCAGCGGAGGAGCCCUGAAGAGGAAGGCUCCUGCUAAAAUCAGUCUUACAUGCCUGGGCUCGUCAUCGCCUUCCUCCACCACUCUGGCCCCUGACUCUACGCCUUCCACCCAAAAGCUUUCUGUUGGAAAACUGAUCCCCCUCAAAACUAAGGCUGCUUCACCUCUGAACAACACUACUUCUGGUACAAGAGGUGCUGCUGUUAGAGCUGUGACCUCAGUCCCUGUGAAGCUGUGCUCCUCUUCUCUGGAUGUUGAGCCAGAGUCUGACUCACAGAGCCCCAGCAGCUCCAGGGAGGUCCCAGACAAAAACACAAGGAAUUCCAUUGCACUGUCACCAGACAAGCAGGCCAGAGCAGCUCCUCAGGUUCCCGGUGCAGAGGCCCUUACUUCUGAUAAAACACUGAACAAUAAUCAGAAGAAAUCCCCAGAACCCACUGCAGACACCAAAGUGAGGCCCAAGCUGAAUGUGAAGCCUUCUGUCGUAAAGGUGAAACCAGGCCAGAAGAGGAAGGGAGCAGAACGAUCUGCCGUUGCUGCUGUUAAACCUCUGAACACUACUUCCACAGCACUGAAAGAGCCACUGCAGGAGACAACACACACAGACAGACAGGAGUUUCCGUCAUCCAGUGCUGAGGCUCAGCUGAGCUCUGCUGUUCCCCGUAGUCCCAGCACCCUGCUGGACUCAGGCUCUAGCUCCAGCCCACUGAGAGAGGAGCUGCAGACUGUCCCUGUCUUCAAACAGAGUCUGAGCCAAGAAGCCAAGCAGACUGUCAGCGUUGCUGCAGCCAGAGAGGCCUGUACAGUCCCCCAAAGCUCAGUCCUGAAGUCUCCCACCCAGCCCAAGUCACGGAGACUGAGCGUAGCUGCGUCCCGCUCUACCUCCACCUCCGCUGUGGAUGAAUUUGAGGAGCUGAUCAGCGAGUUCACCGAUGACCAUCUGGAGGGAGACGUUGACCCUGGCAUUGGAGAGGAUGACCUGCUGCAGGAACUGUCAGAGAUGAUUGACAGCUAAGGGCUCCAUCAAGCACAAUCAACUCCCCGCCCCAAUGUCUCAUCCACAGCCUUGUCUUGUUUACAAGAAGUGAAGACCAUCACCCACUAACUAUCAUGGAGCGUUUAAAAAAAGACAUUUUAAAAUCAUUUCUUAAACUUUAGGUUCACAUUUGUUUUUCUUCUCUCCUUUUUCAUUUCCUUGCCCAUAUGAUCAUCUGCUCAGCCCAAGGGUUAUUUUGCAGGGCUCUGAUUUUUUUCCACCUCUGUUCAUGAUCUUAGUCAAACUUUUCAUGUUCUGAAAAGACAAAAUGAAAAAAAGCUUUGGUGCUGGGAGAUAUUGUUAAGAAACCCAUCAGUUUGUCAGGAAGACAUUAAAACUUGGGAAUGAUGAAUGUGUUAUUUUAGAGAGAAGUCAUAUCUGUAUACUGUGUAUGCAAAGGGAAGAGCAAGCUGAGUAGAUGAAUAAUGAAUACUGCUGCACUUGUAGUAGCCUGCCCCCCAACUACUUGUUCAAGUUCAAUGUUUUUGUUUUUAUAUGAGUGGAUAAUACUGGUGUUGCCCAGCUUGUUCCCAGAUUAUCACAUUUAAAUGUGUCAAUUUUAAUUUAAUGAUCGACAAAGCUCAGGUUAGAGCGUAAGAGGAAGCUAGAAACUUCAUCAGUCAUGUUACUGUUGGGAUGGUUUUACCCAUCAGGUGUAUGUGGUUUGUAGAUUUUCCACUCAGAUGUUAUGGAGUGCACCCUCUGCCAGUGGCUGUUCUUUAGUGUUUUUAUAAUGUCUGACUGAACUGUUCAUGUUAAAUUUUUUCUAAACUUUUUUUUUUUUUAAUCAGUGGAUAUCUUUUGAAACAACUAGUCUGAGAUGAACAUCUAAGUGCUCUCUGGGCUUUGUUAGCGAACACCUCAGGGACUGUUUGUAUGUUCUGAAAAACUAUAUUUUAAUUCAACAACGACGUCUUUAGUUGUCUUCUUCUCUUUUGUGUUACUAUUGGUUUAUCAGUGUAAUCUGAGCAAAGAUCAACCUGUUUUGGUCUUAAUAUGUGUUUGCUCUGUCCUGACCCUUUCCCACAUGCUUAAUCUGCAAAGUGACUUGUAAAUAUUACUGUAUAAAUAAAAGGUGCUUUUAAUGACCA